AUGGAGUUUGGUUCUGCUGCAUCCGGCUUUAGAAGUCCCAAGGAAAACCCUCAUAAGAAGCAUAAGGCAAAUGAAGUUGAAGAUUUAACCGACAAACUACCGGAGUUGCUUAUUACUCACAUUCUGUCUCUUCUCCCUACCAAAGAUGCAGUGCGUACAAGUGUGUUAUCUAGGAGAUGGAUGUACCGUUGGGUAUCCAUCACCAAGCUGGAUUUAGAUGAUUGCCGGUUCUAUAUUCCCAAAAGGAAAACAGGUGGAAUUCAACACUUUAAAAACUUCGUCAAUAGGACACUUCUUCUUACUAAAGGUUCAAGAGUGGAAAGUUUCUCUCUUGUCAUGACUAACAAGAUAGAUAUAUCCCUUCUAAAUACUUGGAUCUCUUGCAUCUUGAUGCAACAGAAAAUUAAAAAUCUCCGUAUCCAUUCGAAAUGUGGAUGGACCUUCUCUACUCUUGCAUUUCAAUCUCUUUUCAACUCCAUCUUCUUAGAAGAAUUGGAUCUCAAGAUGCUUUCUUGUGAUAUUGAAGUUCCAACCAUGGAUGUUUAUUUUGGCUAUCUAAAAUUCAUUAAGUUGAAUGGAAUUGCAUUUAUCGAAGGCUCCUCAUAUGGCUAUCUCAAACUCAGUUUACCACUCCUCAAAAAGUUUGAGACAAUAAACUGUGAUUGGUUAUGUGCUGAGGGUGUCUAUGUAAAAGCACCUCUUCUUGAAAACAUUUGUAUAGUGCAAGACCGUCUUCCGUUAUCUGAUGAUGAUGAGCGUAGUUGUGAAAUCAAAUUUUUUGAUUGUCAUCUAAAAGAAUUUACUUAUCGCGGUUAUGCUAUAUCACAACCGUUAAUUCUGUCAGAUGCAUUGAUAGCUAAAAAUGUCCGUGCUAAUCUUAUUUUAAGUAAGUGGGAGGACGGAAAUUCAGAAGCAGGAUUGUGUGAAUUUGCGCUUCUCAAUCAAUUCAAUCAAGCCGAAUCUAUCAAUUUUGACCUGUCUGAGGUUCUCACACAACCAAAUGUGGCUUUUCUACCUCAAUUUUCAAUGCUGAUCCAUUUGGAGCUUGGCUUAACUUUGUGUGAAGUUUUGUUGGGCUUACUUCACAGGUCACCAUUCCUCAAAACUCUAAGUUUCAAGGGAAUUUCAAAAUUUGAUCAGGAGCUUCUGAAUUCUACUGUUGUGCCCGAUUGUUUGGCAUCAGCACUUCAAGUUGUGAAAUUUGAAGGAGUUAACGGUUACGAGCAUGAGCUGUGUUUAGCUAAAUUUCUUAUGGAAAAAGGUAUCACGCUGGAGAGGAUGAGUUUCGUCCUUGCUAAUCAAGCACUAGGCAAAUCAAUGAUAAUCGAAGAAUUUAAGGAGAAACUUUUCUCAUUUAAGAAAGGUUUCUCUUUUGCUAUUGUUGAAUUUUCAUAUAAUUAG